AUGUCAAGCAACACGCCAACGACAACAACACCAGUUACAUCACUAAAGAGAAAACUUAGUAAUGCAGACUUGGCAGGCUCACAUAGUCAUGUAAAGUCAAGAGAGUUAAAGCGCGCUACAACAGUCAACUAUGUCUAUCAGGACGAGGAGAAGCAGGGCAGUCUGAAGCCAUUGAAUGGCUUCGUCACACCUUUGCUCACAGACAUGUAUCAGAUAACGAUGGCCUACAGUUUGUGGCGCAAUCACCGUCACGACAACCCUGCCGUCUUUGAUCUCUACUUCCGCAAGAACCCGUUUGGUGGCGAGUUCACCGUGUUUGCCGGUCUGGAGGAGGUGAUUCGCUUCGUGUCCGACUUCCACUUUACUCAAUCCGAGAUUGAGCAUGUGCGAUCGAUCUUGCCCGAUUGUGACGAGGGCUUCCUCGAGUACCUCUCCAAGCUGGACGCAUCAAAGGUGUCGCUCUACGCCAUCCAGGAGGGCUCAAUCGUGUUCCCUCGCAUCCCUCUGAUUCGUGUCGAGGGUCCACUGGCCAUCUGCCAACUGCUCGAGACUACCCUGCUCUGUCUGGUCAACUUUGCAAGUUUGAUCGCAACCAAUGCUGCCCGUCACAGACUCGCCUGUGGCAAGGACAAGAUCAUGCUAGAGUUUGGUCUGCGCAGAGCUCAAGGUCCAGAUGGAGCCAUGUCAGCAUCACGUUAUGCCUACCUUGGUGGUGCUGAUGGUACCAGCAACGUCCUUGCUCAUUGCUUCUUUGGUGUUCCCGUUCGUGGUACACAUGCACAUAGCUUUGUCACAUCUUAUCAUUCGAUUGAUGACCUCCCAGAGUCAACUGUCCUCGAUCCGAAUGGAAAGACUCAUGACCUUCUAAAGCUGGCACUGAAGUACAGAGAUGAGCUCGAAUUCAAGACAACAGUACUUUCAGAGUUGUACGCCUUCUUGGCAUAUGCCAGAACAUUCCCCAAGGGAUUCCUUGCCCUUGUCGACACUUAUGACACACUCAACUCUGGUGUACCCAACUUCCUCUGUGUCUCGUUGGCACUUCAUGAGAUUGGUUACCAAGGUGUUGGUAUUAGACUUGACAGUGGAGACUUGUCAUACUUGUCAAAAGAGAGCAGAAAGAUGUUCAAGAAGGUUGGACAAAAGUAUGGCAUUGAUUACUUUGACAAGUUGCAGAUUGUGGCCAGUAAUGAUCUGAAUGAGGCGACAAUCAAUGCACUCAAUCGUCAAGGACAUGAGAUUGAUGUGUUUGCCAUUGGAACCAAUCUGGUCACAUGCCAGGCACAGCCAGCACUUGGUUGUGUGUACAAGCUCGUGGAGAUCAAUGGACAGCCACGUAUUAAGCUCUCACAAGAGUCGAGCAAGGUGACACUGCCAGGCAGAAAGCUUGCCUACCGCAUCUUUGGAGAGGCUGGCCAUCCUCUGGUCGACCUCUUGGUGAUCCAGCCACACCACACCAACGGUGACAAGGACAAUGGUUCAGCGGCACACGUGCAAGAUGAGAUCCCAGAGGCUGGCAAGAGAGUGAUGUGCUUGCAUCCAUUCGAGGAGCAGAAGAGAGUGCUUGUCACACCAUCCUCCGUCGUCAAUCUUCACAAGAAGGUGUUUGACCAAGGUGUCGUUUGUGAGCCACUUCCAAGUCUGUCCGACAUACGUACCUACUGUUUGUCAGAGUUGGGCAAGAUCCGGGAAGACCAUCUUAGACCAAGCAACCCAACACCCUACAAGGUCAGCGUCACCAAGAAUCUGUACGAUACUCUACACGGUCUAUGGUUGGAGUCUGUACCAAUCAAGGAGAUGAAGUAG